UUUGAGCAGAACCUCGGCUUGACUUCCGGUUUGGCACGAAACUUGAAAAUCUGGAGGGGACGCACGCCCGUUGUGCUGCUUGUGUACUGCCAGAGUGACUUCAGGGGCGGAUUUUUCGGGCCGGUUAUUAAACGCAGUUCGCAGAGCCGCAACCCACGUUUGAACACGAAGAUGUCCGUCCCGGACACCGCCGAUUCCGAAAGGCAGCUGGCUGCCAACGAACUGCGGCGCAUGGGCCUUCGAGUUCCUUGCCUCAAGUCGACGCCGUCUACGGGCAAACAGGCAACGUCUAAUGGAUGGCCGCUGUUUGGUUUGGACAUCUUGGAACAGCCGCAGCAGUCUUCGCACCUGGUGGCUGGGUUAACGGUGCCCUGGUUCUUGGACGAGAGCCUCCGAGUGCUCCUUUCGCAUGCGUCGACUGAAGGCAUCCUGCGCAAGUCGGGCUCCCUUGCAAGGCAGCGGCUGCUCAGGUCCUCGCUGGAGACGAGUGCUUCGUUGCGAAUUGCCUCGGUGGUUCUGGCGUCUGCGCCUGUGCACGACGUGUCGGGGCUCCUGAAGCAGUGGCUGCAGCUGCUGCCCGAACCUCUGCUGCCCAAGCCCCUGGUUCACUUGCUGCUCAGGUGCCAGGUGAAGCAUGGCCUGGAGGCGGUGCUGCUGGGCUUGCGCCUCCUGCCGGAGGAGCGACUGGCCUGCCUGCGCCACCUGCUGUCGGGGCUGUCGCAGCUGGCGGCGGACCCCCAAAGCCGCAUGGGACCGCACAACCUGGCCGUGGUCUUGGCACCCACUCUGUGUGGCCCGCCGACCAUCCAGUCGGCCAACAGGGAGGACCUGGACCGCCUGGUUUCCUUGGUGGAAGCACUGAUUGAGGCCUCCCACCUGGUGGGCUGCAACCCGGCACCACUGCCCGGCCGCGAGGGCCGCAAGAAGACCUCAUCGGCGUGCCUGCUGCUGCACCAGCUGCGGCGCCUGGUGGUUCAGCGCAAGGGGCCUGGAGGCGAGAUGGACGCCGUGGUGCCGGACUCUGCUGCGCCCAAUCUCCCUCCUGGCUCCAAGCGCCGCAAGCCACGCGAGCUCCUGCCUCGUGGACUCUCGCCUUGGAAGAGGGCGAAGCGCGAGGAAGGGCUGGUGUCCAGCCGGCAACAGCAAGCCGCCACGCACGAGCUGCUCAACAAACUGCGCCAGGAAGUGGCUUUGCUGCCGCCAUUGCAGGUGGAGGACGAAGCCAGUGCCAAGCCUGAAGAUACCAAGGUACCCACCAGUGCAAAUCCUGCGGAAACAGCUGUCGCAGGCCAGCAAGAGAGCCCUUUCAACAUCACCCCGCAGUCAGAGCCAGAGCCCACAACCAAGCCAGCGGUGCCACAGACCGUGCACUUCCUUCGCGGCACCAGCACCACGUCGUCGACCAAGAGCGUCCUGCGGCGUGGUCGGCCCAACUCCCUUCGGCCGGGGGUCCCGUUGCGGCACAGCGCUGGCACCAGGAAGCACUCCAGCACGGGCAGCAGACCAAAGCGCCCAGUCGGCAAGGAAAACCUGGAGAGCAGCCUGCAUUUCGCUUCGCAAGGGCAGUCCAUCUUCAACGCACCUACAAUGGCAUACCUUGCGGCUGUCAAGGCCCACAGGGAAGCGUUCACUUCACAGCUGGUGUCCACAGGCCCACCUGGUCCAGAGCACGACUCUCAGCUUCAUCGAGAGGGCAGCGUCAAAGUGCCGCACUGUCAUCUGGAGGCAGUUGUUGAAGCACCGCUCACGCCUGCCACAGAAGAGCCGAAGCAAGAUCGCGACACUCUGCCCUCAGAGAAGCAGCAGGACGAUGAGGUCGAGGACAUGGAUGUGGACGAUGAUCCAGACACGAACCGGGCAAACAAUGCGGGAGAGACAAGUCAGCCGUGCCCCCAGUCGUCUGCUCCAGCUGCUGCCGUCUUCGACUCGGCCGCACCUCCCGCGUUGCACGAAAGGGACGAGCAGACUCUGCCAUCUGCAUCUGCCAAGGCUCUGCCCACUUGCACAGACAGCUUCUCCUUUGCACUGCCGACAGUUCCUCCUGAGCCGUCUGCCUCAAACAAGCGGGAGAGUAUCAUCCAGAUCCGCGAGCGUAACGCAGGCAUGGUGCGGAGCAGUGUGGAAGUGUUCAACAGGGCCGCUGCUGCAGUCCACGAGAGCAGUGCGGUGACGCGCAGCCGCCGAACGGCGGUGGCACGCAAGGGCUCCGCCACUGCAGCCAGUAGGCCACCGCUGCGGGAAACGAACUUCCGGUGUCCUGCCAGUCCGCAACCGGCUGCUACAAGGCGGGAGCGGCGCGACUGGCAAAUGGAACUCUAGGAGCACGUGCCUGUCCAAGCUUUUAGGCCUCGACAUCAACACUAUUUGCUAGUGACGACCGAAAUGGUGUUGAAGCUGCUCUUGAAGUGUCCAUGUAUGGGGAGUUGUGGGUUUACCUCCUGCUUGGCUUUCAAAUGGGGCGAAAAGACAUGACAAGCGUUGCUUGCGUGUUGUGAUUUUAAUAGAAUGCCUCUCCUUGACUUAUUUUUUUUGGCAUCACCUAAUAUCUGAAGAUUUUAGCUUUCAUAUUUCUAGUAAGGUCAGCUCCUCGAUUCCAAGCAUGCAGUAGCUAUUGACUAGGGCUAAUCAUGACUCGGGAGCUAUGCAUUCGAUUCCAAAUGAGAGAGAGGGGGGGGGUAUGACAAAAUUCAAUUGACAUGAUUUAAAUAAAUGACAAUGCUUUUUGUUCUUUCAAGUAUCUCACAACAUUUGUUGAAUCAUACAUUCAUUCUAAUUAUGACACUGACGUAAUAGUUCUGUGGAAACUCGCAAGGUGGAGUAAAGUAAUUAAUAAAGGAAGAAUCUGACAUCCACCUGUUCGUAGUGAUUGCUACAAAGGAAACCCAUACGGGUUUCUCGAAAGAAAA